UUCUUUUAUUAGCCUGCCAAAAUAUUGCAAAGCACAGCGAACGUUGCGUAGACUGCCCUCUUAUAAUAAUAUUUUGUACAAUGGUUUUAAAAUCUGCGGUGUUCCGUCUCGAUAAUCUAUUUUAUAUUGUUUCAUUUGGAUAGUGGCAAAUGGUUACAAGUUCAACAACAAAUUCUGUAAAGCUAACUAAACUAACUUUAAAUGUUCGGUCUGUUAUCCAUUACCAUAUCUUUGGCACAAAUUUGUUAAAGUAAAUUAAGACGUUCCACGGUACUUUUCCAAGUUCUAAGCCACAGGUGAUGGUCAUGCACUCGCUGAUCCGACAGAGGGAGCAAACACUUCAUUUUGCAGCCCUGGAUUACUGAGCGUCCGAAGAGGAAAGUUUCCUUCGCUGAACCGUUCCUCUGGAUCUUGGAUCUCAGUGGGGAAAAAAAGACCAGCUCGUUUACCUCAGAUUUUAAAAUACAGACAAUGUGGUGCACAGCAAGUUUAUGGAAAUAAGAAACAAUAUGUUGUAAAGAUAUGGCCAAAUGCAUGUGUCAAAAAUCCACAUUUCAUUUGUUUCAACAGUGAGGCCUACGUUUUUGCAGGUUUUCAGUUUUAGGUUACUUUAAAGCUCAUCUUUGUAUUCGUAAAGGUAUUUUCUGAAAAUAUGUUUAGAUGCAAAAUGCAAUGCAGAUGAUCUUUUUUAUAUAACUCAUGCAGGUACGUUGGCUUAAAUAGCAUGGAGAGAGCAACGGUGAUAUUUGACCACCAAGCAGUAAUAUUAUUAACAUAUCGCCCUGUAAGGAACCUUCAGAAUAAGUAUGCACACUUUUGCUUUCACUCCCAUUCACACUUAGGCUCCUCUGAAGCAAAAUUUUGAAUGGGACGUUCACUGAAUGCAAUAUUCACAUUUUAGCAUUGGAAUCUGAAAAUUCCUCCAGCAGUGGUUUGGUCCUCAGACCAGACACGCCCACCACAUGGAGCCCAAGUGCUGCAGGACGUUACACAACGUCGUAGGCGUAGUGCGUUAAAUAAUGGAAAAUUGUUGGAAACUGGUGAAAAACGUUUUCACAUUGUCCGUACCGCAGGUGCGUCUGUUGUUCCUGCGGGAAGCGGGUGUUUGUCUGUCCGUGCGCCUUAUAAUUAUCUUCAUUUGGGCAGAAAAUGUCAAUUGAAUGCCGUGUAUCGCCCUUGUCCAGCCUUUUUACGUCCGACUGGGUGCGUAGCCCACCUUAUCGAUCCACUUUCACUUUCCACAAUGAACAGGUCGCAGUGGAUCAUUGCCAGUAAAUUGCUAUGACAUGUCUUAGAGUACACACCGACUCGUUCAAAUCUGAUCAAAAACAGCGUAAAGGACAUAAAGUUGAGAUUUGAGGAACAAUCAUGGUUUAGCCUUUGUCGUGCAUGGGCGGACUUUGACCUGCUCUUGUAGGAUAUGAUCUGAUCUGUGGCUGUUUGAAAUAAAAAACUGUUUCAAUAGGCUGUAUUUAACAUUUCUAAAGUACAAAUUCCAGUCAAAAUAAAAUAAAAAAACAAGAACUCCGAUGAAAUGAAUCGAGAUCAUUAGGAUACUUAGUUUGACAGUCUUGCUUGUACAGCUGGCUAUAUCUUUGAUAUAAAGCCACAUUUUGUUGUUAGAAAUGACUUUAUUUCAAAUAUAAUUAAAGCCCAUAGAGAAACAUCAGUGGCUUUAAGGCUUUCAAAUGACAGAAAACCCUAUUAACCGAGCUUUCUCUGAGAUAUUGAACUGGAGGGGGGGAUCGCAGUAGAUCAGUGUUAGAUAAAAUCUGAGGUUAGACUACAUCACCUCUCGGUGUGGUGUACGGACCUGGCGCUUCAUUCUGACAGGCGCUCAAGUCUCAGUCCUAUUGGGUCCAGCGUUGAUGGGUGGACUGAAUAAAUAGCGAGUGAGAUGCGAAUGAGGAUGAGAUGAGUGGAGGAGCAGCAGAGGAAGUAGGAGGCUCAGUUCGUAGUAGCUGCUCAUAACUCACUGCAACUGUAGUGGCAACUGGACUCUCACUGAGCAGCAUCUGAACUCCCUUUUCCCUCACAAUCUUGCUGCUCUUCUUGCGUUUUUUUCCGCCUCUUUUGUGUGUAUGAGCGUUGCUGGCGUUUCCUGCCUGCACUGUGGUCCAAGUUUAUCGGUGUGACCCUGCCUAUUUCUUAGCAGCAGGUUUCAGGAGGGGAAGCACUCUCUGCGCCUUUCUCUUUCUUUUCUUCCGCUGCUCGUUUGAAUUUAUAGGUCAAGAUGAUGAUAAUUAUUGCGGAGUUCUUCGUGGUCAUUUUGAAGGUGCUCUGGGCCUUUGUAACUGCCGGUGCUAAAUGGGUUGUGCGGCCCAAGGAGAAGAGCGUGGCGGGACAGGUGUGCGUGAUCACCGGGGCUGGAAGCGGCCUCGGCCGGCUCUUCGCCAAGGAGUUCGCCCGGAGACGAGCGAUACUGGUGUUAUGGGACAUAAACAGCCAAAGCAACGAGGAAACGGCGGAGAUGGUGCGGCAGAUAUACCAUGAACUGGACACUCCCAUAACCAAAGACGGACCUGUUGGAGGGGUAGAGGAAGUCCCUCCUUUCCAGCCGCAGGUCUACACCUACGUGUGUGAUGUGGGAAAGCGGGAGAGUGUGUAUUCUACAGCUGAGAAGGUGCGCCGGGAGGUGGGAGAGGUGGACAUACUGAUCAACAAUGCCGGUGUCGUCUCUGGCCAUCACCUUCUGGAGUGUCCCGAUGAGCUGAUAGAGCGCACCAUGGUGGUCAACUGUCAUGCACACUUCUGGACCACCAAGGCGUUUCUCCCCAAGAUGCUGGAGUUGAAUCAUGGGCACAUUGUGACGGUUGCCAGCUCCCUGGGUUUAUUCAGCACAGCUGGAGUGGAGGAUUACUGCGCCAGUAAGUUCGGUGCCAUUGGGUUCCACGAGUCACUGAGCCAUGAGCUGAAGGCCUCGGAGAAGGACGGCAUCAACAUGACUCUGGUGUGCCCUUACCUGGUAGACACGGGAAUGUUCAAAGGCUGCCGGAUAAGGAAGGAGAUCGAGCCUUUUCUGCCUCCUCUGAAGCCAGAGUUCUGUGUGAAACAGGCCAUGAGGGCCAUCCUCACUGACCAGCCCAUGAUCUGCACACCUCGCAUCGUCUAUAUGGUCAACUUCAUGAAGAGCAUCCUGCCCUUUGAGGCCAUCGUGUGCAUGUACCGGUUCCUAGGCGCCGACAAGUGCAUGUACCCCUUCCUAGCUCAGAGAAAGGAGGCCAUGAACAACAAUGAGGCAAAGAAUGGGAUCUAGGGGGUGCUGUUUGUAACACGAACAGAGGCACAUAAACCUUCAAGCAUGAGGAAACAACCACUGAGGAUGAAAAUGGGGGAAGACGCGAAGGACGGAAAGACUGAAUCUAGACUGGUGCACUUGCAUUGAGCAAAUGCAAAGGUUUACCAUAUUGUUCCUCUGGAACAAAGAAAGCUGUGUACUACAAAGGAUUUAUUUGACUUUGUUUUGUCUUUUUUUGUUUUAAAGAAACCAACAUCUAUAUUCUGUGUCACUAGUUUUGAAAUCAUACAGUUAAGGUAUCCAAUAAUUAACUAUUUACGUAAUGUAGUCACCAGCCUUAUCUAGUGUCAUUGUGGAAAUAUACAGUAUGUUACUGUACAAACAGUAAAAAAAAAAAAGUUUUCACUUUUAUUUUAUUUUUGUAGACAUGCACUGUAAUUUCAGAUAUUUUUUUCUCUACACUGCCAGCAUUCUCGUGUAGGAAGGUUCGACACAGCAUUUCAAAGUACCUGACGUCUCCCCACGCAGAGGCUCUCUUUCAGUCAGUCAGGAAACUGGUCUGCAGCUUAGCACGGCUCUGCUUUAUCGCUUGUGCCGUUUGCAACAGAGCACCAUGAAUAUUUCACAGUUUAAGUUUACCACAUUCUGUUGCUGUUGCUGUUAAAUACUCAAGUCACAGACAUGUAGCGUACAUGUUCAUAAUGAAGUCAUUCCAAAUGGGAUAUUUAAAGGCCAGAUUGGGGCUGAUUUUUAAACCUUCACAGGCGUUUCCAGUGUAAUUGUCCCGUUAAUGGUCCUGUCAGGUCUGCAUCGACUAACCUCUCAAAUGAAAAGUGGAGUCAGAACCAGCAUGUGCUUUGGGAGAAACUGAGAGGAAACACUUUUUUAUUUUUUUUUAUUUUCGAGCUCUGUGGUGUUUAUAUUGUAAAUUUAUCUGUUGCCAAUAUUAUUUGUUUAAGAAAUAAAUAAAUAACCCGACGUAGGCUGUAACUCCAGGUGAGCCGCUGUCCCAGCACUAACGUGUGUUUGAGGGAAAUGCAUUUAAGACACUAGCUUUGCAUUAUUCUUUCCAAAGUAACGCUUUAACUCUCCUGUCAGUUGUCCACCUUGUCUGGUUGAAGUGAAAUGUAAAUGUUUCAAUGUUGUGAGUACCCCAGUAUCCCAAAAUGACUGUCUCUGCCAUUUUUGAUGUCUGAAUAUUUUAUAUACCUUUAGGGCGACAAGAGUCUUUGAAUUUCAACGACAUUCCAAUAGGCGUCAUUCCUUCAGUCACAGCGAUGAGCCUAAAUUCUCUACCUCUUAAUUUUUGCCAUUUUUUUUUUUUGACAGUAUGACAUAAGCCUCUUUUUAAUUUUUUUUUUAUUUGUAAUUUUCUGAAGACUGCUCCAUAGCAGAGCAAAUGUGGUUCCAAUGUUUAGUGUCUCUACCUAACUUAAAUUAAUAAAAGUGAUUUAGAUUAU